AGGAAAAAGAAAAAUCAAGACGUAGUUUCUUAGACGUAUUUAACAGAGCGCGCCAUCCUAGAAAUGACACACUGGGUAGGGAAGUCGAUCCAACUGUCUCCUUGCUCGAACUACCAGAUUGUCAGACUAUAAUCAAUGAACUUCAGAAAGCACCAAACCCGAAUGCUCGUGCUAAAAUAGUGCAGGAGCUGUGCGCUUCGGUUACCAAAUACACGUUUGAUGACAUGACUGACCUAUGGCCAUCUGUUAGGGAUCUGUUGGGUGCGGACAUGCCGACUGAAGCGAGACACUCGGUCUUUCAGCUUAUGAUAUCUUACAUACAGGAACAAUCUAACGAUUCAAGCGUUCUUCGCGCAAUGUUUUAUGAUUCAAUUAAAAACCAUAAUAUACGCGAGGACUUUAGAAUUAGAAUAGCUGCUUUACGUGAAUUAUGCAAUAAUGGGAGAAAUAUAUCCCCUUUUGAAAAAAAUGUAGGUAAACUGCUUGCUGAAUGGCUCAUCGAUUGUAUUAAUCGAACGAACAGUGGAUCAACUGCAACAACUUUGGAUGGAUCCGAGUUACAAGAUAUACUUUCAUUGUUGAUCAAUGUAGUCAAAUUCAGCUUUGCUCAAUUUGAAGAAACGGAUAUCGUGAAGCUAAUUGAGGAUGUAGCUGAAGUACCGAAACAUUCAAUGAACAUCUCCGAUGUAUCAUCUUGCCUUGGCUUCUGGGAUGUGGUGGUGUGUUUCGGCUAUGUACCUGAAACGUCGGUUAAGUUAUAUGUAGAAGUUCUCUGUGAAUUAAUUAAUAUCGAACAGCUAUCACAAACAACUUGGCAUGUUAUGGAUAAUUUAUUGAAAGGACAUUGUGCAUAUUCGGCCAUUAGAGUAUUAUGUAACAAUUUGGAGAAUGCAAUGGAAAUAGAUUCCAUACGAAUGCUACGUGGAUGUGUGAAACUGUUGGGCAUGGCAAUUUCAAGAGCAAGUAAUGAAGGUAUUGUGAACUCAAUGAGCUCAGCCGCACUCUAUUCGAUGCGCAAGGCUGUUAGCCGUAGAGACAUUGGAUUACAUCACGAGAUACUAAAACAGAUAGUCAACAUUCUUUCGAGACCUGACAGAAAUAUCACUUGUCUCGAAUGGGAAGUUGUCAUGGACAUUAUGGAAACAACUCGAUACCACGUGGUUGACAGAGGGGCAACUACUGAAACAUCGACAAAUGAUACUGAGGUUGAAGCCAUAAUUGUAACGUACAGUCAAUUAAUAUUCCAGAUACAGUCACUUUAUGCUUCCUCAUCAUUCAACGGGCCGACUGCUCGUUUUAUGUCUCUCAUUCAAGACCUUCAUAGUCGUGUAUCAGAGUCUUCCAUAAUAAUGUUAUUGAAGUAUUAUGCGGAUGAGUAUUCCUUUUAUCCAUCAUCACCAGACUGGUUAAUAUUAUUGGUAGAUGUGAUUAAAAUUUUCUUUAUAAAUCAUUCUUCAUCAGCAGUACGCCAACGAGUUCUUGCUAUGACCAUUGAUGUAUAUGAAGCAACCAAAGAUUUUUAUUAUGAAACAGUAAUCGAGGGGGCUAUAUUGCCAUUGUUAAGAGAGUUGCCCAAGGAGAAUGACAUGACAGUGUUCGAAAGUGCCAUGGAUUUUCUAAUCGAGGUUAUCAAGGAAUCAAAUGAUCAAUGGUUUUCUUCCUUUCUCAAAAUACUUGUUCAGUGCACAGAGUGCUCGUGCCCUCAAAACUUACGUCAGCGCUAUACUCAUACAGACACUUGUAAAGCAUUUAUAUCGACUAUUGGUCUAAUUAAUGUCUUUCAGCACACAUUGUAUAAAGACAACACAACCCUGCAAGUUCUAGAAAUAUUCUCAGAGAUGUUAAAGAUUUUGGACAAUUCAUCCGCCUCUGUCAAUUCUCGUCUUGCUCUGUUACAGUGCUUACUCAGAUUGCGCGUUAAUAGAGAUCACCGAAUCUAUAUACUUGAGAAUCUAGGAAGUGUAAGCGGGGCUACAGUAUUACAUAGAGACAACACAGUGACAGCAGUUUUUGAUAAGAUUUCAGCAGCAGCAAAUGACAGACUGACAACUUUAACCACUAUUGAAAAUAAAUCAAUUGAUAGCAACUUGCACAGGAAGACUAGUUGGAGACAAAGAAUUACAUUACAUAGAAGAGUCUACAAAGAAACCAAACAAUCUUUGGAGAAUAAUGAGACUAGUAAGCCAACGGACGAUUCUGCUGACACGACUGAACAACGUUUAUGGAACGAACCCGAAUUAUUACCAUUUACAGUCACAGCUAAUCAUCCAAGUCCAUAUGUUGUAUCGCAUGAUAGUAUAUCAACGGCAAACGAAACUGCAGAUAACACGGGAUCAGGUGCAACUACUUGUAACAAAAUAGUUAUGCCAAUUGAGAAGUAUUUGGAGAUUUUAAUUAAAAUAUUGGAAAACGAGAAAGAUUGGGAAUUAUACUCAUACGUGCUAUGUCAUCUGUCACUACAACUGAGCACGAAACAUCUCUUUUACAAUGCGGACAUUCAAAUAAAAGAUCUCCGAGAGCUUUUAUGUGUAUCUAUUACCAACAAUCGUUUAUACGAUCCUCCACCCGGCGUCGAAAAGGCGAACAUAUAUGUAGUCGCUUACCAAAUACUUACAACGUUAAUUGGCUAUUGUAGUAUAUUCAAUCGAAAUCAAAAUGAUGGGCUGGUAUUAGCAUUUAAAGCGGGUCUUCGAAAAGGGUCUGCGUCUGCAAAGCCGUGCAUACACGCGUUGAAUAUUUGUUGCUUUGAACUCGCAUCAUCCAUGACUCGGUUCUUGCCUGAAACACUCAAUACCUUGACACAGAUAAUCACGACAACGACAAUGAGUGUACAUAUUCUCGAAUUCCUGUGCGGGCUGGCGAGGUUGCCUCAAUUAUAUGUCAAUUUCAUUGAAAACGAUUUCAAAAGAGUGUUUGGGAUUGCUAUUCAAUAUAUUCAGCACAACAAAACCGGAAACGACACUCAACAAGUAGCGAACCCUUUAGCACAGUACGAAAGAAUUAUGGCCUAUCAAGUGAUUUAUGCUUGGUUUACAGCACUUCGACUAUCCGAGCGUCGAAAAUACGUGUCAUUCAUCGUAAGCGGUUUACUAACAGCUGAUGAGAAAAAAUCAAAACUAGUCGAUAAAAAAACGGACGAUAAACAUCACGAAAUAGAUGAGCAGACAGAGACGUGCUUUGACAUGCUUGCAAGAUAUACGUUUGCGAAUUGCGACCCGAAACGCGAGAAAUCUUUUAUUAAUGAUUUACUGAAAAACUGUGAUAAAGACAAGAUUACUUCUAAAACUUGGUUACAAGGACACGCGUUUGUCACCAUGCGAACAUUUAAGACACUGGGUUGUGCAGAGAUUAUUAUACGCAGACCGUCCGGGACCGUUGCUUUCCUGACUAAAUUAGAUAACAAAAGUAAGUUUGAUGAUGUUAGUUUCGUCUCCUUACCAGAAACCUUCAUGGCAGAUCAUGGUCAUGAUGGUCAGGAGACAAGAACAGGGCUUGACAUUGGUUCAGGAUUGGGUAUUCAUUCUGUGACAGAAGAAAGGUUAAUCGUUGAUUCUGAAGGAAGGUCUACGAGUACUGGUAUAGUUGAUACUGUAGAAAGAUCGCCCGCUACAUCUAGUACUAAUACUACGACCACCACUCCCACCACCACCACUACCAUCAGUAGCACCACUACCAUCACUAGCACCACUAGUAGCGCCACUACUAUCACUAACACUGUUACUUCUGCCGAAGAUAGUGAUGUACAACAAAACACUGUACAAAUCGAAAACAGAACUACUUCAACAGAACAAUCUCCGGCCAUAACGACCGCAAGCGUCGAAUCUGUCACACCGGAUAAUCAAUUCUCACCCCGCAUCACUCAACACAUACGCACACAAAGCGACGGUAGCCCACUCAUGACGGGUGAAAGUAACAGUCCCAGUCGUAGAGGUAUCCAUGCACCCAGGACUUCCGCAGACAGACGCGCACAUCGCAAAGAUGAUUCUAAUAUCGAUCCUAGCUUUCUUUUCCUCCAACUAUCACCAUAUCCUGAUCUUUCUCCGGGUACGGGUCUAUGGCUGUUGCCAGAUGAUAAGCCCACAGAGCGCGCUUUGAAUGUAUUGGAUCGUACGCCAGUCGUUGAUUUCCAUAAAGUCAGCGUUGUUUAUGUUGGUAAAGGUCAAACAACUGAGGCUGAAAUAUUAGCCAAUAUGCGUGGUUCUCAAAAUUAUAUCAAAUUUUUGAACAACCUUGGUAAUCUGGUCCGACUUAAGAACAGCAAAGAUGUCUAUGUUGGAGGCUUAGACACUAGGAACGACUCUGAUGGAGAAUACGCAUACUAUUGGAAAGACGAUAUAAUACAGCUGAUAUUCCAUUGUGCGACGUUGAUGCCGACUAACCUCGAAAAUGAUCCACAAUGCUCAUCAAAAAAACGUCACAUAGGCAACAACUAUGUUACCAUAGUUUAUAAUGAUUCUGAUUUGGACUAUGCUUUCAACACAAUUGCUAGCCAAGUCAAUUCAAUCAACAUUAUAAUCUCUCCUCACUCUGAAAGUCCAAUCAGACCCGGCACAUCACCCAAACCUUCCACGGAGCGAGACAAACGAACCUCUAACGAGGCUCCCAAGGACAUAAAUUUUCAAACUACAUUCUUCAAAGUGCACAUGCAACGACGUCAUGAUAUGCCGGAAAUAGGUCCCAUAUCGGAAUUCAAGAUGAUAUCUGGUAGCUCAUUACCAGCCUUUGUACGUCAGAUAGCAAUGCAUGCUAAUAUAUAUGCUCAUAUUUUCCGUGAAACUUCUCGUGGAAUUGAAUAUAUGUCUCAUUGGAGGGAUAGGCUGAGGCAGAUUAAGAACUUCAAACAACGGUUGAUGACGGCAGGAAGCGAUCCUGUGAUAGGUACACCUGGUAAAGGCAGCGCUGUCAAUACAAGGGGUGAUGAUCAUAUGAGUGAGCGGGUUGUUGGGCUGGAGCCGGUUAUUAAUUUUACGCGGUAUACAUAA